AUGGCAGACAGUACCAGUGGUACCACAUCCUCCAGUAGCUCCACUCGACGUCGAAAGAGUAUUUUCAAAAAAGAAGUUCAUUUGAGUAUCUGGAUUCGUUUUUCUCGUAUCAUCUUCGGGAAGAUACGACGAUUACCCAAGUGUAUGAAUACAACAUUGGUCCUGUUUACAGUGCACAUGUACCUGACAGUACCAGUUAUUGUGGCAGCGGGUGUGACCGGCGACUUGAAGGCUUUGUUAAGGCCGUUUAGGCUUAUCUACCAAAUGGGUUUUCAUUUCGAAGAGUUGCAGGACAACUACCGGCAACUUAUUGACUAA